AUGCUGUGCCGUGCCCGCCUGACGCUGGUGGCGGCGGCGCUGCUGGCGCUGGGGGCCCCGCGCGGCGGCGGCGCCCGGCUCCUGGAGUGGUACACGGCGUGGGUGAGCACCGCCUACACCGAGCCGCUCAGCAACCGCACGGUGCGGGGCAGCGCCGAGAGCGGCCGCUACGGGGACAGCUCCCCCAAGGAGGGCGCGCAGGGCCUGGUGGGCAUCCCCCGCGGCGCCUCCGCCCGCCACAUGGAGGGCUGCGCCUCGGACACCGACUACGAUGUGCCUCUGCCGCCGGGGAGCCACGGCCCGCCCAGCGGGGAGCCGCCGCCGCCCUGGAUCGCGCUGGUGGCCCGCGGGGGCUGCACCUUCAAGGACAAAGUCACCAACGCGGCCCGGAAGCGGGCGGUGGCCGUGGUGAUCUACAACGAGCAACGCUUCGGCAACGCCACCGUCUCCAUGUCCCACCUCGGAACGGGCAAUACAGUGGUAAUUAUGGUUGGAUAUCCAAAAGGGAUAGAAAUUUUGGAACCAGUACGCAGAGGGAUUCCAGUAAAAAUGACUAUUGGUGUUGGCACAAGACAUGUGCAAGAAUAUAUCAGUGGACAGUCAGUUGUGUUUGUAGCCAUCGCUUUUAUCACCAUGAUGAUUAUAUCACUAGCCUGGCUCAUAUUUUACUAUAUACAACGUUUUCUAUAUACUGGGUCACAAUUUGGAAGCCAGGGCCACAGAAAAGAAACCAAGAAAGUGAUCAACCAGCUUCAGUUGCAUACUGUGAAGCAUGGAGACAAGGGUUUAGAUGUUGAUGCAGAAAAUUGUGCUGUGUGCAUUGAAAACUAUAAACUGAAAGAUAUUGUCCGAAUUCUGCCAUGCAAGCAUAUCUUUCAUAGGACUUGCAUUGACCCCUGGCUGUUGGACCACAGAACUUGUCCAAUGUGUAAACUAGAUGUCAUCAAAGCUCUGGGAUAUUGGGGUGACCCUGAAGAUGCACUUGAAGUUGCAAUACCUGAAUCGAUAAGUGGCAGUGUAUCAGUAGGAAGUUUGAGUAUUGCUUUACAAGAAGAUGAUAGAAAUGAAGUAAGCGAUUUGUCAGCUUCCUCAACUAAUGAAUCUGUGUUACAGUGUAACAGUUUAAAAGAGGAUGCAGGUGAAACCACAGCAUUACUUGACAUGGAUGGCAGUGAUAGUCGGCAUGGAGAACUGUCUAAUGGAAAUUCCCACUGAAAAGCUUCAUGGAAGACUGAUUAGACUGCUUAAAGAACUUUUUAUUUAAUUAGUAUGAACUUUUGCCUAGUUGAUGGAAAAAUAACAAUGUAAUUUAUUUUAUCUUGAGAACUUUUCUAGUUCAUGUUCCAAAAGGGCUAAUAACUAAGAAUUUUGUAUAAAGAGGAUUUUUUAAAACUAGUCUGUCUGAUCCUAUGAAAGAUGCAAUACCUCUGUUGAUAUAAGAAUUAUUACAAUGUCAGUGUGUUCCAGAGGGCUGUAACAAAGAUGUAGACUAGGAUGAGAGAACAGAAUAUAAAAAGUUUAAUGGAUAAAUGUUGGUUACACUGUGUUUACGUUUAGCAUGUACAUAAAGCUAAAAGCAUUUACAACACUACAUUUUAUUAAA